CGGUGUGGCCGACCGAGAUCUCGAUCUCGAUCUCGACCGUCGUCUGUGAUGCCUGUCCCUGGAAAACGGUGCAACAGAAGAAUGGUAUAAUUUCGCAGAGAAAACGAAAGGGGACUGUUCUAGCAGGGAAUCAAUAAAUUGUAUAGCGUCCUGCAAAAUCUCCGAGUUGUCGCUCGGGGCCCGGAACGUUAAUGGAGGGGCACCGAAAAGAGCAGAGCCGUGACUGCGCCGGCCCCCUUCUCGGGGCCCUGCGCAGGUAAGCAGCUGCAAGCAUCUGCAGGGGCAACGGAACGGCAGCCGCGUGCUUAAAUUAGUCCCGGCACAACUGUCGUACGCGUAACAUGUCAGGGAAUCGCAGCGGAGUCUUGUGCAUCCAGUGACUAGAAUCUGCUAACAGAAACCGGGCCGGUCCCCUAAUCGGUCGAGUUAGAAAACGCGUGUGAACAACGUUGGUUACCUCAUUGUCGCGGAACCAUGUCAAAAGUACCAUCCUAACUCGUCCACGUACGUAAAGUUCGUUUUUGUGAUUCCGUCCAAAGAUUAUGAAGAUAUCCUUGAAGAGUUGAAGUUCGUAGUGAAAGGACUGCUAGCCUGGAUGGCUUCGAGGUGAUCGGGGGAGCAGAGGAUCACCGGUGAUCCAGCGAUCGUAUGAAGGAUCAAGGAGCAGACUGCAAAGGACGAAGAUGCUGAUACCGAGGCUGUUGAUGACGUUGGCCAUCUGCUUGGCGGCCAGCUGCGACCUGCUGGACCUGUACGUCCAGCACAUGGACGAGACCAUGAGGACCCUGGCCUACAGGAACAGACACCACCCGAAGGACCUCUCCUCCAGGAUAAAGCGGAGCCUUCGAGAGCCGGUGCUGCGAGUAGGUACUUUCAAGAAGCAACGCUUGGACGUCGACGAGGACUGGUACUCGCAGUGGAAGGCGAAGAGGAAGCUGCCUUACGGAGAAGACGGCCUCGACUUCCCUAAUUCCCAGGAAGAGAACCUGGAAGUCGGCCAACACGAGCUGGUGAGCAAUCGCAGUCGAGUCGGCAGCGUGGACCCCGAAGAGACCACGUUAAGGAGCAACGAGACUUUGGACACUUUCGAGAUCGAGCUAUCGAACGAGGACUCGUCGAGGUCCAACGACAGCUCGACGGAGGUCAGACAGAACCUGGAGUCCAUGGCCGAGUUCCGGGAGGAGACCACGCAGACGGAGGACCUGCAGGCUGACGUCGAAGUCGAGGGAAACUCUCAGUUCGAGGUGAUCGACUCCGAUGUCCUUCUCAGCAGCGCCUUCGACGAUCCUAUCCUGAAGGGGACGCCGAAAUCCAGGGACAGGGUGCCCAAGAAGUACAUCCCACCGACCGCCAAGUUGGCCAAGCUUUUUCGCACCGGAAAGUACCUGGAUCUUCAAGAAACCGUUGACAACAGGCCGAGGAGGAGCGUCAAGGAGCCGAAGUUCACCAGGCACGAGGAGCUGGACGACAACGGCGAGGUGGUCCUUGAAUGGGAUCCCUCCGACGAGGAGAUGGUCACGUUCAAGGUCACCGCGAAGACCUUGGGCUACGUCGGCAUCGGCUUCAACGAGAAGAACCACAUGAAGGGGGCUGAUAUUCUUCUCGCCUGGGUGGACGAUCACACCGGCACCGUCAAUCUACUGGACUCGCACGGGAUCGAGGAUCCGGAUGCCGCCCUGGUCACGGACGCGUCCCAGGAUGUCAAGGUGCUCGGCGGAUCCCAGAACGAGACCCAUACCAGCGUGAUCUUCUCGAGGAACUGGCAGACCUGCGAUCCCCAGGAUCAUAGGCUCACGGGAGACACUGUCCGAGUGCUUUGGGCGCUGCACCAAACCGAUCCCGAACUCAACACCGCGAUUUGGCCCGGGGACAAGAGGGGCGGCAGGGCGCUCAGGCUGAGGACCCCGGCACCGCAUUCACCCCCGCAGCACACCCAGGACAUCAAGCACUGGGACAUCAAGUUGCAUCAGCCCCCGGUCUCGGACAACGCGGACACCACUUACUGGUGCAAAAUCUUCAAGGCGCCCCAUAAGGAUAAACACCAUAUGAUCGGGUACACACCGAUGAUCGAGAAGGCGAACGAGGACCUGGUGCAUCAUAUAAUAUUGUACGAGUGCGCGGCGAUCCUCGGAGGACACUCCAAGCUCGUCGGGGCACCGUGCUACAGCCCGACCAUGCCCCGGGAAUGGGAGUCCUGUCUGCAGCCGGUGCUGGCUUGGGCCCGUGGCAGCUCAGGAGAAUGGCUGCCGGAUCAUGUCGGUAUACCCAUUGCAGAGCACGGCGAGGAUUCCUAUUACAUGCUAGAAGUGCACUAUAACAACCCAGGCAUGAAGAAAGUGCUGGACAGCAGCGGCGUCAGGCUUCACUUGACUCCGAAGCUUCGUCCCGAGGAAGCCGGGAUUCUUGUUGCCGGGGUAGCCGUGAGCCCUCUUCAUCUGAUCCCGCCGAAGCAGCGGGAGUAUGCCACUGCUGGAUACUGCACUCCCCAUUGCACGAACACGAUGUUCCCAGAAACCGGGAUAAACGUCGUGUCGGUCGCGCUGCAUUCGCAUCUGGCUGGUCGACGUCUGAGCUUGAAGCACAUUCGCCAGGGCAAAGAGUUGCCGAGGAUCGUGCAGGACAAUCACUUCGACUUCGAGUACCAGCAAUCCCACACCCUGGAGGAAGAGGUGAAGGUCCUUCCAGGCGACGAGCUGGUCGCCGAAUGCGUUUACGGCACUCUGGACAGAACGAAGCCGACGCUGGGCGGAUACGCGGCCUCCCAAGAAAUGUGCUUGGCUUUCGUGAUGCACUAUCCUAGGACGCCUCUCGCAGCUUGCUACAGCAUGACGCCUAUCAAGGACCUCUUCAAGACCCUCGGAGUCUACAGUUUCAAAGGUGUUUCGAUGGACCACUUGGAGAAGCUUUUCUUGACCACCAGGACUGACUCGGUGACGAUGUCGUACAAUGGCCAGCAGCAUCUGUCCAUCUAUCCUCCGACCAGACCCGGCGAAGUCAUCGACGAGGUUCAGAUCAAGGUGGCUAAGUCUGCUCUGAGGGCGACCAGGGAUUACACGGUCGAGCAGGAGAAUGACAAUGUGUUCACGCGCCUCAUCAUCGAAGAACCUGAAGAAUUCAGAGGUCGAACCCUGGCUGAACACAUGUUGGCAUUACCCUGGUCCGAGGAGCUGCUUUCCAGGUCCAUCGAGAGGAGUCUGUAUCACGGAAGACAUAUGACCUUCUGCAGGAAGAGGGACGAUAAGUUGGCGCUGCCCGCUGAUAUCCAGACAUUCCCAAAUUACACGGCGCUGCCAGAAGUUAAUGAAACGACGUGCACAGAGAUCGGAAUUCCCUCAGGAGCGACAAGAGGCUCGAUCCUCGAUCUUCUCCCAUUCCUAGCGAUCGUGACCGCUGCGAUCAUCGGUUGUUAAAGGCUCGACGAGUCUUUGUUCCGAGAAGAAAACCUGUGAACAUUUUGUACAUUACUUAUUGAACAUAUCCGUCUUACCUGCGGCUGUUUGAAACAGGCUGAGAAUGUAUGAAGCGAGUCGAAUUGAAUCUGCACAGGGCGAGUUCUCUCCCGGUGAACGAGAAACGGCAAAAUUUUGGAAAAAUUUUGACGGCCCACUCACGAUUUAUAUAUAUAUAUAGAUAUAUAGAUAAUAUAAUAUAAUAUAAUGUAAAUAACGUAUUUAUAAGGUGUACGCGAUACCUUCCUCCGUAUUUUAUAUGGAUUUUGUAUAAAAAAAAUAAACAAAUUUGUAAAAAGUUUGAAAUGAAAA